GAUUUUCUUAUUCCCCCCUCCCUCCCUCCAUCCCAUCCCCUAUCUCUCUCCCUCCCCGGCGUCUUCUCUUCUCUCCCUCCCCGUCGCCAUCUGCGGUCCAUUAUUGGUCUCCUCCUCCUCCUCGUUCUUGCCUGGUUUUUGAGCGAGGGGAGGGAUUUGAUAGGAGGAGGAAGAAGAAAGUUGUUGGUUUUGGGGGACGGACGGACGGACGGACGGCCGGCCGGACGGCAAGUUGGUGGUGUCGUUGGUUUGCGUGUGGGCGUGGAGAUGGACCCCAAGUUCCCCCCUCCCCCACCGCCAAACAAAGCGGAGCCCACCUCCGCGGCGACGGCCACCACCACCACCUCCUCCCCCUCCACCACGCCCGCCCAGCACCACCACCACCAGCACCAGCAGCAGCAGCAGCAGCUGGAUCGCGAGCAGUACCACCAUCCGCCGCAGCAGGAGCAGCCGCCGCCGCCGCAGCACCAGCUGCAAAUCCAGGUGCAUCAGCAGCAGGAGGACGCGGGCGGAGGCGGGGGGAAGGAGCAGCCGCCGCCGCAGCAGCAGGUGGUGUUGGCGGCGGCGGGGGACCGGAGGGUGCAGGCGCUGGGGCCGAAGCGCAGCUCCAACAAGGACCGCCACACCAAGGUGGACGGCCGGGGGCGCCGGAUCCGGAUGCCGGCGCUCUGCGCGGCGCGGAUCUUCCAGCUCACGCGCGAGCUAGGCCACAAGUCGGACGGCGAGACCGUGCAGUGGCUGCUGCAGCAGGCCGAGCCGGCCAUCGUCGCCGCCACCGGCACGGGGACCAUCCCGGCGUCCGCGCUCUCCUCCGUCGCGCCCUCGCUCCCGUCCCCCACCUCCGCGCUCGCCGGCCGCCCGCACCACCACCACCACAUGUGGGGGCCGCCGCCGGCCUCCGCGGGGUUCUCGCAGGCCGGCUUCAUGAACUCCUCUGGCGCCGACGGCGGGGGCAUCGGCGGCCUCAUGCAGCGGAUCGGCCUCCCCGCCGGGAUCGAGCUGCCGGGCGGCGGCGCGGGGGGCAUGGGCGGGCACAUCGGGUUCGCGCCCAUGUUCGCCAGCCACGCGGCGGCCGCCAUACCGGGGCUGGAGCUCGGCCUGUCGCAGGAGGGCCACAUCGGGGUGCUCAGCCAGUUCUACCACCAGGUCGGCAGCGCCGGGGCCAGCGGGCAGCUGCAGCACCCGCACCCUCAUCAGCACCACCACCACGAACAGCACCACCAUCACCAGCAGCAGCAGCAGGAGGAGGACGGGGAGGAGGAGCGCGAGGACGGCGACUCCGAGGAGGAGUCCGGCCAGUAGCAGGCUGUCGUCCAGUUACCAGUUAUCAUCACAUCUGUUUCUGUUAAUUUCUGCAGAAGGAGAAACCAAGGAAGGAGAGAAAACUGUAUGCACGCAGCUAUGGCGAAGCUUUGAUUACCUUUAGGUUGUUGUUGUUGUUGUUGUUCUUGGGGUUGUGAUGAGUUUUUAUGUCGAUUUUUUUCACUUGUGGUGUCCAAAACUCAAAAGAGGCUUCUUGCUCUGGGGUUUUAGUGGAAUGGAUCAGGGUCAUCCUCAGUUCUACUCCUGCUGCUCUUUUGAUCAUCGCCAGAAUUCCCUCCGGUUCAGGUGUAUAAUAGCUGAGAGCUGGAUGAUUUCGAUCGUCCUCCCUAGAGUGAGUGCCUUUAUUUAUUGUUAUUGCAAGGUGUGUAGAUAUUCAGGUAAUUUUGCAGCUAGGGAGGUCUUCUUUUAUAGGAGCAGUGAUCUGCUCUUGAGCGAUCAAGAUGAUGGCUGGCAAUUUUAUCCUCCCUUCACGGCCAAUUCCUGCAACGAAAAUAUGAUACAAUAAUAAACAUUUCUAGAUCCUUGAUUCUA